AUGGAUUUGGGAACCCCUACUUCCCGCGAGGGCAUUCAAAGCCCUUUUGCCGACAAAAAUGAACAAGAGUCCCUUCGCAAGCAGCUGGAAGAGGCGCAGCGACGUCUACGCGAGGCCGAACACACCAUCACAGGACUAAGAGCCGCACAGGAUGUUAUUAGGGACCACAGCACAGAUCUCAAGAAGGAGAGCAACCGUCUACGCGAAGAGUUGGCUGUGCUCCGAUCUCAGAACCCACAGACUGGCAACACCGGCAAUGAAGCGAACGCAGGCCUCACCGUGACUCUGCGCCCAGAGGACGUCAAGAACCUGCAAGAGUGUGUCCGGGAAAUCAAACACGAAUCCAAAGAGAUCCGUCAACAAACCAUUGAACUCCGCGACUGCAUGCUCAGCAAUCAAGAGGGGUUUAGUCGAAAGCGACGCCACACAGCUUCAGAUACCGGCAGAAAUGAAGAAGAGAGCCCAGUUAUGCAAUUUCUCAACUCGUGUAAACUCAAUUUUGGUCACCUCAGUUUCAUGUCAUGGGGGGACCUCGGAAAGUCCACUUAG